AUUCUCCGCCAAUUUUCCCUCCAAACCAGAAAACCCCCAAAUCUCACUGGCCGGAGAUUCUCUUUCCUCGGGCUGAAAAAUGGCGUCUUCGUCUUCAACAUCUUGCGGCGGCGGUUACGAAAUUCCGUGGGUCGAGAAAUACAGGCCGAGCAAGGUGGUCGAUAUCGUCGGAAACGAAGAUGCCGUCUCCAGACUUCAAGUCAUCGCUCGCGACGGGAACAUGCCUAAUCUGAUCCUUGCGGGUCCUCCUGGAACGGGUAAAACAACGAGCAUUUUGGCUCUUGCUCACGAGCUCCUUGGCCCGAACUAUAAGGAGGCUGUUCUGGAGUUAAAUGCAUCUGAUGAUAGGGGUAUCGAUGUUGUGAGGAACAAAAUUAAGAUGUUUGCGCAGAAGAAAGUAACACUUCCUCCAGGGCGUCAUAAGGUUGUCAUUCUCGAUGAAGCUGAUAGCAUGACAUCUGGAGCACAACAAGCAUUGAGGAGAACGAUUGAGAUCUAUUCAAACUCUACUCGGUUUGCACUUGCUUGUAACACGUCAGCCAAGAUUAUUGAGCCUAUUCAGAGUAGAUGCGCCCUAGUUCGAUUCUCUAGGUUAUCUGAUCAGGAGAUUCUAGGCCGUCUCAUGGUGGUGGUUCAAGCAGAGAAUGUUCCGUUUAUACCUGAAGGCCUUGAGGCGAUAAUCUUCACAGCUGAUGGUGACAUGAGGCAAGCUCUGAACAACUUGCAAGCCACAUUCAGCGGUUUUCGGUUUGUCAACCAAGAGAACGUCUUCAAGGUCUGUGACCAACCUCACCCGCUUCAUGUCAAGAACAUGGUUCGCAAUGUGUUGGAAAGUAAGUUUGACGAUGCUUGUCACGGCAUGAAGCAGCUAUACGAUCUAGGCUACUCUCCAACCGACAUUAUCACAACGCUUUUCCGUAUAAUAAAGAAUUAUGAUAUGGCUGAGUAUCUGAAACUUGAGUUCAUGAAGGAAACUGGAUUUGCGCAUAUGAGAAUCUGUGAUGGAGUUGGAUCAUAUCUUCAGCUAUGUGGUCUUCUGGCUAAGCUAGCCGUUGUUCGUGAAACAGCUAAAGCAGCUUAAGCCAGGUAAAAUCAACUUAUAUCUAAUUGAUGAACCCGUGGCCGGUUUGUAUGAUUAAGCCGAGUUGGUUAACUCUAGUUGUUUGAUAGUUCGAAUAGAUCUUGGAAUUUCCAUGCUGUAUCAUCACUCUUUUUUCAAGAUUUGACUUGUUUGUGAAUGUUUCUGAAUAUUAUCUUUAAAGCUAAGCCUAACCAUUU